ACCCUCCCCAGGAACCCUCACGCUUAUUCGUUCCGAGUUACACUUCGCGAAUAAAUCCAACCACGCCCUCCCAUCAUCAUCAUCAUCUUCAUCUUCAUCGUCAUCAUCAUCGCCUUUCUCGGCCGCCGUUGAAGGCGUGCCACAGCAGCACCGACGCCAUGCUGCGCUUGUUACGAACAAAGCCGGGCCACUUCCGCCCGGGCCUACUCCAGCGCCUUCAGACAAGGCCUAGCACCAGACGGCAACCCGAUCCCGAUCAAAUACAACUUCAAAGGGUGAAAGUGCGGAGGAAAUGGUUCAGGCCAUGGGCUUUCGCCGGCGCCUUCGUCGUAUACUACACCUGCUACCAGCUCUACACCACAUCCGUCUUCGGUGUGCUGGGCAAGUGGUUGGACCAGGAGUUUGCGAAAAUGUCCCCCAAGGAGCGGAGGAAACUCGAAAAGGAAUUGGCAGAAGAAGACACAGCUCUAUAUAUCCCGCUGCCCGGCACCACCAAGCUCGUCGAAUCCCCGCCAUACAAGGGAACCGAUCCCGAGUGGAAGCAGUUCGCCAAGUUGAGCAGGGAUCCCCAGAAGAUCCAGAGCAUCAAGGCCUCCCUCGCCGAGUACUGCAAGAAGGCCAUCGAGAAGCACCCGCAAAUCAGCCACGAUUUCGGCCCAGAGUGGAAAAUAACAAGGGCUUGGCUCGACGUCGCUUAUCCCCAAAGGCCCCCGCCCGCUUUCGAACGACAAGCGUUGUGUUGGGACGAGGACAGCCUGUCGGUUGUUUCCCAGCCAGUCGACUCCGACACAGUCUUCAAGCUGGAGCGCACUCUGAUGCCUACUGCCAUGACUUUGUCCAUGUGGAGUUUUAGCGUCGCUCUCGCAAAACACAACUUCUACAAUGUAGCCAAGCAAUUCGGAUACGAGCCAAGGGCCGAACAGGUCGCCACUGUCCAACAGACACUCGACAGGAUACGCCAGCAUAUGGAGAAGCCCCCUUCAUCGAGGACGCCAGGAUCGGUCUCAGACCCAACAUCUCUAGAUGCAAAGCCUGACACAAAAGACGAAAAGGCCAUGGGUCCAACAAAAAGACAGACCGCCGACGGCUCCACAGAUUCUGCUCCCUCACCGCCACCGUCGUCAGGAGAGAUGUCUGAUUCCACCACCGGUGGCAGGUUUCCAGGACCCAUCAGCCCUUUUUCAAAAUCUCAAGAGUCAGCAGACGGCAAACAGCCCAGUGCUAAAGACGUGCAUGGUGUUCGAGAGGUCUCGGGGCACACUGCUGGCGCAUGGCAAGCCCUUCGACAGAAAUGGCAGCAAGUCUGGAAGCCAAAGAAACCCUUUCCACCUCGGGGUUCGGUCAAAUUUAGCGGUCUUGUUGAAGUAGCAAGUCCUAAAGCAUCCCUUGUGGUGGACGUGCUGGCCUGGUACGACCCAAAGACAAAUUCUGUGGACGGCAAGACGUUGAGAUUGGCGUUGAGGGCCAUUAAACCUCGGCAAAUGAGCCCUGCGCCGUCCAGGUGAACGUCUUUCAAGUAUCUGGAGCGCGUUUGACGGAAGGGGGGAAAAAACAAACACUUGAGAGCCAGUAAUAAGUAUUUAUCUGGUGCA